CUUAGCGGUAGCCGUACUUUCCGUGCAACCGAUAACCUUCUCCCUAUUGCAGAAUCUUUGGAUCUUUCCUGUUGAGCCAAGCGAAGCGAAGCAUCAACAUUGAAACCAACAGCCGCUCCCCAUCUGGUCCAUUCCCUCACAUCAGUAUUCCCCUCUAACCCAAGAGUAGCACGCAUUCGUCAUACCAGCCACAAGAGCUAUAUCCGUAUCACACAAGAGAGAGACAGAAUGUAUUGGCGGGUUCAAGAGUUUGUAUUCCUGUUUAGUUUGAGCGCAGCAGUUUGUCUCGCCUUGCGGCCGAACCGGCAUUGCUCCAGUUGUCGUCCAACAUUGAGUAAAAGUCACCUAGCUUUGGCAGCCGACGACAGCAAUUGGUGGGAGCCUACUUGGACCGAUGUCGAGAUAAUCAGCAACGAGGCGGUAUCUGCCAGUGCCCGUGCCAUUCGAGUGUCCAUAACGGAUGAGCUUCGUGAUUCCUAUCGAGCUCCAGGCCAGUAUAUUCAGGUCAAACAAGCCAAUGCCGACGAUGACGACAACCCAAACAUGUGCUUUUUACCCUUGGCGUCGGCCCCACGCAACGACUAUUUUGAAUUUCUCGUCAAGACGAAUCGAGACGACCGAUCCUGGAUGCUGGAACCGGGUGUUACCAAACUGCAAUUAUCGGGUGUUUUGGGCAAGGGCUUCCAACCACGAGAAAUAGAUGAGACAAUAAUGUCCAACGGAGAGAGACCCAACAUUUUCGGUGCAAGUACCAUAAUCAUGGCAGCCAAUGGAUCCGGAAUGGCCUCUCUGAAAGCUGCCAUUGAAAGUGGGCGACUCACAUCCGGUGGGACUCUGUAUUAUGGGGAACGAACGAAGGAGGACUUGUGCUAUAAAGAUCUGUAUAGUGAAUGGAAGUCCAAGUUUGGAUUCCAAGUGGUUCCUUGUUUGAGUCAACCCACCAAGGACGACGAUUUGGAGGAUUCGGUCACACCAAUAAAGGAGGGCUACGUACAGGAUGUCGUGUCUUCCAAUGGCUUGGAGGAGCACGAUCCAGCAACAUGCUUUGCCUUGCUAUGUGGCGUCAUGGAGAUGAUGGAUGGUGUUACAGAAUUUCUAAAAGGUGAAGGGGUUUCUGUCAAUACAAUACUGCUCAACUUGGAGGGAUGAUCGGGUUGGUAUCACAUGGUGGAGUUUCUGGCUACACCGCGGGUUGUUUCAUUGUAAUUUACUUGGUCGCUACAAGGCUGUGGAGUCGACAGCAAAGAUAAAUGCUCAGGCGAGUGGAUGCAAGACAACCAACUAUCUGUUGUUAGCAGUGCUCACGAUACAUUUGGGCUGGCACGAAAUGAUGCCUCGGUCGACAGGUCGGGUAGUGAAUGAAGAUGGCUGCAAGGUACCGUACCCACGAAAACAAGUGUCAGCUAGUCCUCAAAUACCUAUUCAAAAUGCAAUCGAUCCGUAUACCAGCAAUCAAUCCAAACCAUCAGAUUCAUACUGGGUAGUUAAAAUAGUACGGCAAGAUCAAGACGACUGCAUGGGAGCUCGAGCAUGCUUUAUGGCAGGUGAUUCUUUAUCUGUUUGAACGCAAUUUGGCCAAUUGAAGGGGCUGUUUCACUAGCUAGCUAGCUAGAAAGAGUUUUGAUCUCUUGCGUCAUACUAGAUAGUCAACUAGCUAGUAUAGAUAGCUAGCCAAAGAGCUGGCUGGAAAUGAAGCAAGGUAUUACAGCAACCUUGCGGGAAACAACACAGUGAAAGGACGAGGAGUGACACUCUCACCAAGAGAAGGUAAG